AUGCCCGAGCGGCGGGUAACGCCCUCGUCUGAAUCUUCAAAGGUAGCCCGCCCAAACUUUCUUAAAAUGCGUUCUCCAUCUAAAGCUAUCUCAUCCUUGCAUCUCAAUCGUAGUUCUCUUGCCUCACAGUAUUUGCACGCCAUGGCUUUACCAGAAACUUUCAAAAACAACGACCAGGACACCUUCGGUGCUUACACAGCCCACUCCAGAUGGCCUACCAUCAUCGGAAAUGCCAUCAAUGACUUGCAGGCGGAACUAGACACGCUAGACUCCAGCACUAGCCAUUAUCGUGACGGAACGCUGAUCCAAAACGAGUUGGCCAGUUUGAGAGACGAAAUCAAGGCCGACAAGCCCAUCAGGCCCUUCACAUCCAAAGAAACAGAAGUCGGUCAAGUACCGGGCUCCUUCAACGAAGUGAUUCUAGCAGGCCACCAGACAUGGCUUACCGGUGGCUGGUUGUUUUGCGAGGUCUACUUGUACCGUCGUGUCAACGUAAUGUUUCGGGCUUACAAGUCCUGGGCUUCGUUCGAUAUCUUCAACAAGGUCAAACAGUCUACUUUCCAGAGUUCUAUGGUCGGGGUCGUGGAGCUUGCUGCUCGUUAUCAGAAACUCGAGCAUCAAUUGGGACUAGCAGAUGCCGAAACAUUGGAAAUACUGUUCAAAGAGUUCGUCGAGAUCUCGCUGUGGGGCAAUGCCACCGAUUUGUCGCUUUUGACCAAUGCCACUCUAGAGGACAUCAAAUCUCUACAGGGUGAAGCGGCCAGAAAGGCUUCUGAGUCCAAGAUUCUAAUUAACCACACUUCCAAAGCAUGGAAUCAACUGAAAUCGUCUCAACAUAAGCGUGUCGAUUUUGUCUUGGACAAUUCUGGCUUUGAGGUUUACGCCGACUUGAUGCUCGCAUUAUUCUUGCUAGACACGGGAAUCGCUAAACAAUGCGUUUUACACGCGAAAGAUAUUCCAUACAUGGUCAGUGACUGCAUGAUUAAGGAUUUCGAGUUGCUUCUACAGGAUAUGCAGUCUUCGGACUUCUUCGACUUGAAACAACUAAAAGACGAAGAGCAAUCUGGCCGUGAGUCCUUGGAUUUUUUGGUGAAAACGCUGAAGCAACACGUUCAAUCGGGACAACUCACGUUUACACAAGAUACCUUCUGGGCACUUGACCUUGACUACAGUCACAUUGAUCCAUCAGAAACGAAAUAUCACGGUGCGCAAAUUCACCAAGAAUUACUGCAAAGUGACUUGGUGAUCUUUAAAGGUGAUUUGAAUUAUAGAAAACUAACAGGAGAUAGAAAAUGGGCGCGCACAACUAAAUGGGAGACAGCUAUUGGCCCAUUAGCUUCCAAUGGUCUAAAGACGUUAAGUUUGAGAACAUGCAAAGCUGACGUUGUUGUUGGACUUGAGCCAGGCGUUGAUGAGAAAUUGUGUUCCGAAUGGACAUCAGUGAAGAAGACUGAGCCCGGUUCAUGGUGGGCCUCUAGUGGUAAAUACGCGGUGAUAUGUUUCUGCGAUGGCCAAAGUUAA